GAUUUCAGUAAUUUCUUGGGACGUCUUGUGUUUUUGUUGCACGCUCCAUUAACCAGAUACAAAUACAUUUACAAAUGCAAACUGGGAGAUCCUGAAUUAUGGCGGGCUCCUGCACCUUAUCGGAGCAAACAGACUCUCCGUGCAUACUCCGAUCCCCCCCCAUGUCUGCCAGCCUGCUACUGUCUGGCUUAUCAGCGCUGCUGCUGCUGCUGGAUGCUGUACGGUGCAGCAGCUCGGAUCCAGUUGAGGAUUUCAGGAUGGAAACGUGAGGAUGGAAAUGCUACUGGAACCCCGUAUUCUCGUUUUGAUAGCCCAGAAGAACAUCAGUGUUCUCUUGUGAUGCUUAUUUGAUCCAUUUGCUUUACUCCAUAGAGAAACGCUCCCGCCGGUCGAAGACGCUCCUGAAAGGAUUUUAUUGAUACGCAUCUCUCCAGAUCAGGUGCGCCGGCGUCUCCUUAACUUACCUGGGAUGAUGAUGAUUUCUGCUCAUUUCUGACUGUGAGCGACAGCGCACAGAGGGGGGGAUGUGGAUUUCAAUUUCAAAGUUUGGGUCUUCUCUUGCUGUGGGUUUCUGAGAGAGGGGGGCAUGGCUUAUGCUGAUUGGAGAUGCACGCGCCUUGUUUAACCGACUUAAUUCUGGAUGGAUGCUGUCGCUGUGAUCGCGGCUCUUCUGGCAGAUGAGUGUGCAUUUGAAUUCUCACUGUGGGAACCUAUCGCGUUCACAGCUCGCUGUGUUGUGUUUUCCGCCGGGACUGUGGUCCUGUCUCGCGGAAAGUUUGUGACUGGGAUGCGGCGGAACAUGAAGGCAGCGCACAGUGGAUCUCUGUGAAUUUCCUUCCGCACGUGGUUUCAACAUAGCGUGUCAUUUGCUAAUGGAUUUACAGUUCGAGGGUUCAUGAAGAAUGUGUUUCCGAAGUGGAUAUUCCUCCACGGGCUGGAGGGGAGAGCAGCGGACACUUCCUGGAACCACAGGUGUUCUAUACAAACAGUGACGCCAAAACCCAAAAUGCCGAGUUGUGGGUAGAGAGCCGACCUGCAUCUACCUCCCUGCAACCCCUCUCCUCGUCAUUUCCUCGUCCCCGUUUCCCUGCUUUCUUUUGGCAUCCUUUUGUCAACGCUUUUACUCCCUUUUAUUAAUACUUGUUUUAUUUUAAUCUCUAAGUUGAUCCUUUUUCAGCUCCAUCACUAUUCUCACACCUGCUGCCCACCUCGUUUUAUUGUGAACCUCCACCCUAUUCUCCUCUCUUCCCUCCCCAGACCCACCACCUCCUCCUUUUCCUCCCCCUACAGCACACAUGCAGGCCAAGAAGAGGUACCUGCUUGUGUCUGUGGGGGCCGGUCUUCUCUUCCUCAUAUAUCUGUGGGGUCUGCAAAUUGGGGAGUUCCAACAGCAGCCAUACCAGUAUCAUCAGUUUCCCCAGUACCCCCUGUAUCAUCAGUACCACCAACAAGAAUACCAGUACUACCGCCAAAGUAAGGAAGUGUACUACCAGCCCCAGCCAUUGCCCCAGAGAAAUCCAUCCAGACCACCCAGACACUGGCCGGAGUCGACCAAGCUGCUGGAGCCGUAUUUGGAGGGAGGAGAGCAGGAGGAGGACACCCCUCAGCUCCAUCAUCAGCACACCUCCCCUCGUGAACGACGGGCGAUCCGUGACAACAUCUACAAGAACAAGCGCUGCCGCAUGGAAACCUGCUUUGACUUUGCUCGCUGCCAGUCGGGAUUCAAGGUUUACAUCUACCCUCAACAGAGAGGCAGCGAGAUCUCAGAGACCUACAAGAAGAUCUUGACCUCCAUUGAAGAGUCCCGGUUCCACACCACAGACCCUUUGAGGGCCUGUCUCUUUAUUUUAGCUGUGGACACAUUGGACAGGGACCAGCUCUCAGUGCAGUACGUCCAAAACAUUAGAUCGCGUAUCCAGAACCUGCCCACGUGGAACGAUGGCAGGAAUCACCUCAUAUUCAACCUUUACUCUGGGACUUGGCCGGACUACACUGAGGAUUUGGGCUUUGAGGUGGGACAGGCCAUGCUGGCCAAGGCCAGUGCAGAUGUUGUCAACUUCCGACCUAACUAUGAUAUUUCCAUCCCUCUAUUCUCAAAGGAUCAUCCGCUAAAAGGAGGGGGCAUAGGUUAUCUGACACUUAACGAUGCACCACCUUCCAGGAAGUACCAGCUGGUUUUCAAAGGGAAAAGGUACUUAACUGGUAUAGGUUCGGAGACCAGGAAUGCUUUGUAUCACAUCCACAAUGGGGAAGAUAUUAUUCUGCUGACGACAUGUAAACAUGGCAAAGACUGGGAGAAACAUAAGGACUCACGCUGUGACAGAGAUAAUGAAGACUACUCAAAGUAAGAUUGAUUUGUGAUGUUUCUUUCACCUUUUUGUAGUUUUAAGUGGCUUUGAAAUCUUUAAAAGUCGAUUUCUUGGUCUGAAUGCUUUUCGUGCUCUGUGCAUUAGCAUUCCAUGCAAAGAGGUUCUCACCUUUAAACUGUAAUGUCCUUGCAGACUUGGAUAUUUUCAUCUGUUAAUGCAGUGCUUAUUGUGUUUUGAAACAGAUCAGCUAGCACACACUUUAGAAGAAGUAAGUUGUGAUGCUAUCUCAUUAUCAGCCGCUUCUUGCUGCUGGUUAUUUCAAAUGCAGCGAGUUUGCGGAUCAUUACAACUCCUCACAAGUGCUUGUUGUGUUGGAGUUUGCAUGUUAGUACUGUCAAUCUUUACAAAUUUGGUUUACUGGCUGCAAACUCUCCUUCUUCACAAUGUUGAGCAUUGGGGGCUGCUGUGCCUGAAGCACUUCUUCUUUAUUUGAAUUAAACAGGUUGGAUGCUUUCAUGCACAUACUUCACAAUUGCCAUGGGAGUUGAGCUUCAGUGUCGCGGUGCUCAUGAGACAAAAUGGUACAGAAAAGUGAGGGUAUUUGUGCAGGUUUGUGUAAUGUGCGUGUGUGAAGGAGAGAGAGAGGAGCAGGAGAGCAGAGAAGCAUCGGCUGAAAGAUGGAAAGUUUUUGUCAGCUCAGCAGUUGGUCGAGAGAAAAGCGAUCUGAGCCGAGAAGUUCACCUUUUGAAAGUUUUAGCUUGAGCUGACAGCUGAAAGAAGAGACUCCAUUGCACUUAGAGUGAAACAGACGCACCAUUCUUGACUCGUCUCACUUUGUUAGUCCGAGUCAUCUGUUGCAUAUUUUAGAUUUAGAAAUUGUCGAGGUCCGAAGGAAAGCUCAGUGCUGUCAAACAGCAGCUUAAAUUUUACAGUAAGAAUCUGCAUACAGAGGAGUCAGCAAAUAUUGCAUCUGAGACAUUGUUCAAUCAAGAACAGUAGUUUGGACUUUUUCUUUUCUUAAAUAAAAUGUUCCAAUGGUCCCUCACAUACAGUUAAGGUUGUAAUGGGUUUAAUGUUGAAACUUGGUCUGAAAAGCUGAUUUCACUCAUAGUGAAUUCAGGGUUUCUUGCAGACUAUAAACUUUAUUCAGUGGCCUUCAUUAGGACUACUUUGAAUCCACUUCUGGGAAAUCUGCUAAUACUUCGCUUGUAAGACCAUCAAUACAUUACUGAUAUGUUUUGGCCACUUAGUGAGAACAGAAACAAGUUUCACAGUCACAGCGAGAAGUCUAACAACUGAAUUGUUUUUAGAUGUGGUUUCACUGUGGCCUAACGGCAGAGCCUACUCUGUAAUCGACGUAAGUGGCUGACACGCUUGCCAGCAUUCAUGCAUGGUGUUUUAUGUGUUAAUUAACUUGUGAUUGUCUCUUGGUGCUUUUUAUGCAGUCCCAGCUAAGAUGGAAACAAAUAAAAUGCUGACAUCAGUGAGUCCUUAUAUUGAAGCAAUGAUUGUUGUUUUCUCACUGAUCUUCCAAAACGACACCAAAACAUUAUCGGGAAAUGCACAGGAGCAAUCAGAGGUAUUGAACAGGCCAAUCACAAGUUACAUUUCCAGACAGGUUGUAACACGGGUUAAUUUAGAGGGGUUUGCUGUUACAACGUAUCAACGGCAUACAUUUAAGUAUAAAUUUGCUGGGACUCUCAAAAUAAUAAGUGUCUUUAGCAGCUACAUGCUCUCCUAUGUUCAGGAGCUACUUUCAAACGUCUAAUUGGAGUUUAAUGCUACAAAGGUGACUACUGACUUUGCUGGAAAAUGGACAUCUUCUGUAGCAAACCUGUUAAGCUGUUUGCUGUUUAAAAUCCAAACAACACGGUGAAAGAUGCUAAAACACAAAUGGAGAAAGAGGGCAAUAAUUUGAUGUGUCUUUGUCACCACCAAUGACCCUAUAUAUAUUAUAUUGGGCAAAAUUAUAAGGCCUCUUAAUCUCUGAACUCAGGUGUUCUUAAUCCCGUUGCUACAGAUAUAUAAAAUCAAGCAUCUCUCCAUGCAGUCUGCUUUCACAAACAUUUGUGAAAGAGUGAGUCGAAAGAGCUCACUGAAUACAAGCAAGGUACUGCAAUAGAAUAAACUGCAGAUUAACUGCCAUUAACAUAUAUAACAUAUAAUAAAAAAGCUGGGACCUUCAUGUCAUGAGUUUCUAUUGCUGAGCAGCUCCUGCAGAUGUAAUGUUUAGGUGGCUCAGUCCUUUUCUCCAUGGAGUGUGUGUGUGGUCCUCUGAUCCAGCAUAAAAAUCCUCUAAAACAUUCACUGUUGACAUCGCUUGGUAUAUUUUUAUUUACUGGAAACAUUUCACUAUCUGAAGUUGGAGGUUGUAUAUGAAAAGUCAAUAGAUGAACCCCUCGGUUUCUCUUUCAUUUCAAAUCGAAUGUGCUGCAGUACAAAGCCAGCACAGCAAAAGAAAAAUCUGUCAGUGUCCCACUGCUAAUGGACUGCGGUGUGUUUCUGAAGGUGCAAUGACUGUAAUCAGUGGUACAGGAUCGCAUUUCUUGUUGCUUCACAGGCCUGUACCAAUACUUUAUCAGCAGCUGACGGCAUGCUGAGAGCACAUGUCUCUAGAAUGCAGACAAAAUAUAAAACUAUCUCAGAAAAUAAGAAUAACAAAUUGGAAAUGGUAUACGUGACCACUGUGUUCGCUGAAAGCCCCGUUUGUCUUUAAUAGUCACUUCAUUUAUUAUGUAUUGGAACAUUUUCCUGUAGGUGUGAUGUGUGGUAGGAGGAUUGUUGCUUCAGACGAAUCUAGACAAUACAAUACAAGAGUACAUUAAGACUUUUAUUUAACUUGAACUUGUUCAUGAAAAUGUGUUGAUUUAAUGAAGCUGGCUGGUAAAACUAGUGGCUUUAUGAGCAGCUUUUAGGGAAGAAAAAAAACCAACAUAAUGCAUGUUAAAGGUACUCGAAAAGAAAUCCACCAUGUACUCAAUGCUGAAUAAAGCACAAAAGGCAAUAAUGCAUAUGCUCCUGAACAGAAAGUGCUUAUAAGCCUGCCUCACUAAUUAAAUAGUACAUUAAUCAUUUUCUCAGUCUCGGUGUGAUAUCAGGCUGUUAUUAAAUACCAAAUGUUCUGCUCUAAGGUGCUCUUUUGUUCUUCUUUCUCGUAAUUUGACUUAACAAGACAUUUUAAGGAACUUUAAAGCUUGGUGUCUGUCUUACUAAUAAUAAAAGUGAUUAAGUGUGAAGGGGAACUUACUUUGUCAGAUGAGACACAUGAGAUGGUAUGUAGGGCUCUGCUUCAUGUGUGCUUUGCUGUUUAAGAAAUUGAUGGUUGAUGGUAAAUUCUAGCACGCUGUGGGAAAACUACAAGUAUGCAGCUUGUACAGUCUGUUUAGCCACUGUUGUUUUUUUUCCUGUGCAGAGAUUAUUUAAGAAUAUCCAGACUGAGCACUUGGACUAAUAAUUGACAACAACGCAUUUAGAGACUUUUGUCUCAUUAGUGAAAAACAUAUGGAGCACAGACUUAAAUACAACAAACAAAGGGUUUGAAUAAAGGUGUGUUACAUAACCCAAAUUGGCUUAAUCCAGCAAAUAUUACAGAACUGAUAAUUAUUUUGAUCAUGCAAAAAUUCUAAAUACUUCCAUUUUUAUUUAAAGCUGGAGAAACUCAGACUUUAGUAAAGAAACGUGUCCAUACUCUUUGUAGACUGAGAUCUGAAUGCAAGGAUGUGAACUAGGGCUGUUUGAUAUAACGAUAUGUAUCGGAUGAGGAUAUAAAAACGUCUAUCGUUUCAUUUUACGCUAUCGUUUGUUUCGUGGUGUCGCAAAAUAAACU